UGUUAAAUCAGGGUAGAACAGCACUUCAUUGGUUGUUUUUAUAUUCUUUAAAUCACUGCUCCGAUAUUUAUAUGCGCCAUCCAGUCCUUCACAGGAAUUCGCGCGCUUGCAAAAUUCAAAAGUUAACGGUCACAACGGCUAUAUUCGUUUAUCGAUGGAUCUGGAUGUUUUAUCUUCGUGGAUGUUUAUUGUGAGAUUAAAUGCUGUCCAUGACACUAAUGCAGUUGUAGGAGAGGUCGUGUAGGUUGCUCAAGCCUGCAGGUAUGCGUGCGUUUACCGGAGACUAACUAGACUAGGUUUGUAAUUACCUGACUUGUAGAAGAACAACGUUCGAGAGAGAGAGAGAGAGAGCGAGCGCGCGGGAUCGAUGGAGGCGGGUCACAGUGGAGCAGCAUCUCUCUUUCAGCUCUGUUCGUCUCGGAGACGCAGUGACGGACAUCCCGGAGUCGAGCGCACUGGACUCAUAAACAUAAUGUAAUCAGUCUUGAAUAAGUAGAUUACAAGUUUGAAAACCUUUUCAUUCCUUCCACUCAACGAAAUGGGCAUUGCAUAAUUAUUGGUCUCAAUCUAUAAGCACUUAUGCCUUAAAGAAUGAGAGUCUUAGGGAGUAAGACUGUUGAAAUGAUGCUAUGGAGCGAUGGAGAAUGGAGGACCCACAAGAGUGCAUGACAAGCGGGUCAGUGCUGGUUUGAAGAAACUAUAAAUAGAGGAAAAACGCAUAUCACCACUUGAAGCCAUGGGGAUACGACACCUCCUGCUUCUUUUGGUCUAUCUAGACCCACUGUGCGUCUUGGGCGCAUCCACGGCCAAGCGGAGCAAACCCCCUCCAAAGAGACCCCCCAAAGUAAAGGAGGUCAACAGCACCGUUGCUCCGACAGUGGCACCCCGACGGAUCACACAAGUCCAGGCGCCCAUUAUCGGUGAUCAUGACACCUGUCUCGGCUACUACGAUGUGAGCGGUCAGUUCGAUAAAGAGUUCUCCUGCAACAACACCGACCACCGGUACUGCUGCGGGAGCUGCUUCCUGCGCUUCUGCUGUCCUUUGAAAGCCAAACGAGUGGAUCAGAGAGUCUGUACCAACUACAACACCCCCGACUGGAUCAAAACCCAACCACCCUCACCCGCACCCACAGGGGACACAUACGACCCAGCGCUGGACCAGACCAACACCACCGUCUACAUCACCUGUGGGGUCAUCACCCUCAUUAUCAUCCUGGGGAUUUCUGCCAAAGUGGCCUAUGAUAAAGCCACCAGACCACCUCAAGAAAUGAAUGUCCAGAGAGCACUGGCAGACAUUUUGAGACAGCAGGGGCCCGUUCCCGUAUCACAGUACGAGCAUGAAAACAUCGCGGCUAUAGACACCUCACCCAAAGAGAACACACCUGUACGGACGUCCAAGAACCACUACACACCGGUGCACAACAAAAACAACCACGGGCAUUAUGGGAAAGAGAACUUCCGCAGUGGGCAAGACAUGCACAACUUCAUCUCCUCCGGCUUUGUGACGCUCGGCAGGAGCCAUCUGAAAGCGCAGCACUCUGUAGAUGAUCUCGGGCAGCUGUCCUGGCAGGGCGACCUGGACGUUCCUCUCUCCUACAAUAACCAUCCACACGACUACACCAGCCAUCUGGAUCUCUCCGGGUCACACACACCCAAAAUCGGACACCGAAUAGAGUAUUACGAGAAGCCAAGAAUGAACAACAUCCUGACAUCCCAGACAGAGCCGUAUGACCUGUCGUUCUCCCGGUCCUUCCAGAACCUCACGCACCUCCCACCGUCCUACGAGAUGGCCAUGAAAGCAGACUUGGGUGACAAGGACGACGAGUAUUACAUCCGCAAGCACCAUUUGCCUGAUCCGACGCAUCGCGGCGGCAACCUGCAGACGCACAUGAUCAAGCUGAACGUGGAUCCACCGUCGCAGCGCCAGAAGCCAAAACGCGUGCAGCGUGCCAUGUCCCAGGACCAUGUGCUCUCACCCGCCCACUCCAAACCACAUCGGGACUACGGCCUGUCAUCAUAUAGCGGCGGUGCCGGCGGUCUGUCCCCGUACCACGGGCGUAUCCUCUCUGAGGAGCAGCUGCUGUCAGCCGAGCGACUGCACUCCCAGGACCCGCUGCUCUCGCCGGAUAAGAUGCUCUCCCUGCGGCGCUCCAAUUUCCGUGAGAAGGCCAUGUCACGGGCGCUAUCGCACACGGACAUGUUCAUGCCGACCACACCGGUCAUGGACCGGCACUACAAAAUGAUGAAGAUGCAUUCGCACCCCAGCAGCAGCAAUGAGUCCUACAACACACUGACUGUUGAAAGCGCACAGGCGGGCAACAAAAGGCAGGCGUUCGCCAACCGCCGCAUGCAUACAGUGGACCACCUGCAGUACAUCCCCGGACAUCACCAUCAUCAGUACAGAACCGCCAGUAAGACUGAAGUAACUGUCUGAGAGGGCGGGAGGCGGGAGAGCGAAUGAUGUCAACAAACAAUCCAGCUGGAGGAAUCCGCGGCGGCCCACUUCAACAGGUUUCUUUUUUUAAGCGUCCCACCUUGGCCCAUUCCUGCUUCCAGCGCAAGCUUUCCACUCCAUCAGUUCCGGGUCGGCUUGGGAAGGAUCUAGACUUUCGUCUCACACGUAGAGCAAACGCAAGGGCUUCGCGCAUGGACGCCAUACUAGAAACCUGAAACUAUUUUUCCAGAACUGCUGUGAAACCUGCACUGACUUUAUACAUGCAGUAAAUCGGAACCUAUAUAGAUUUAUGAUUUCUAACUUGAGUCCUAAACAAUAGUGAUAGCGGUUGAAUAUAAACUGGUGUAAGCACUUUAGAGAGUGCCUCUUUUCAAAACACGUCCCGUUUCGAUAACGAAGUGGGGAAAGGGUUUAAAAGCACAAUAAAUGAAAAACUUUGUUUUACUUUCAUUUGUCACAUUCCCAGCUAACAGGGAUCGUUUUUAGAACUUUAGCGAACAUUCUGGAAAAGUUAUGAACAAACGUUCUAUCAGAAACGUUACUUGAACAUUUGUUUAAAGUUAUCUGGUGUUUU